UUCUGAUCAGUAGCGUGCCUCAAUUCAAAGUAUAUAGAUCAAAAACCAAAACGAUGAAUCCCGAAAAAUGGGUCCUCAAUUUACUGCUUCCGUUUCUUUUCUUUAAAUUUUGCACUUCCAUUGACACCUUAACUCCCACCCAAUCCAUCAAAGACAACGACGUUUUGGUGUCCAGUGGCGAAACCUUCGCACUGGGAUUUUUCAGCCCGGGAAAUUCCAGUCGCAGGUAUGUUGGAAUAUGGUAUAACAAGAUUUCAGAACAAACUGUCGUUUGGGUGGCCAAUAGGGAUAGCCCAAUCAACGGUACCUCCGGGGUUCUAUCCCUCAACCGGGAUGGAAACCUUGUCAUCUACGAUAAUACCCAAAAUCGUACUAUUUGGCAUACAAAUGUAUCCGCGGUUUCUUACUCUGCUCGACUCUUGGAUUCCGGGAAUUUGGUGUUGUUCCGAGGAGAUAGUGAGAGUGGUAAUGUUGUUUGGCAAAGUUUUGAUCACCCUACGAAUACCUUGUUGCCAAACAUGAAGCUUGGGUUGGAUCGGAGGACAGGUCUUGAAUGGUCUCUCACAUCGUGGAAGUCGAGAGACGACCCUGGUAUAGGAGAAUACUCCUAUCGGGUUGAACCGAAUGAGUUGCCCCAAUUGAUACUAUUUAAGGGCUCAAUCCGAGUUUGGCGGAUACCCGCAUGGUUAGAACGCCCUAAGAGAGCAAUUUCCAUACUCAUUGGAACUUACGUGAACAAUCGCGACCAAGUCUAUUCGUUUUACACCCCAAUCAAUGCCUCGAACCUGUUGACAGUGUUCUUGGAUGAAUUGGGUUCUUUAAAAAUGCUGACAUGGGUUGGUAGAUGGGUCGAGUUCUAUUCGGUCCCUGAAGACCAAUGCGUUUAUUAUGGCCGAUGUGGUGCUUAUGGUUACUGCGACUCAAAUAACGGGCAAGAGUUCGAGUGCACGUGCCUUCCAGGAUAUGAGCCCAAGUCAGUAGAGGAGUGGUACCUGCGGGAUGCAUCGGGAGGGUGCGUCAAGAAGCGCGAGGCACUUUCCAUGUGUGGAAACGGAGAAGGGUUUGUCAAGGUUGCGAAUGCAAGGAUUCCAGAUACAUCCAAGGCACAUGUAUCGAUGAGCCUCAAUGAGCCUGAGUGCAAGGAUGAGUGCUUGAGAAACUGCUCUUGUCUUGCGUACACGAGUGAUGCAGAAGCAGGAGCGAGGGGGAACUGCAUCACUUGGUAUGAAAAUUUGAUGGAUGUGAGAAGGCACGUGAGAAGAUUUCCUAGUGGGGGACUAGACUUGUAUGUACGGGUUGAUGCGGUGGAAUUAGCUCAACGUAUGGAAUCUAGAAGAAUAAAGCGAAGGAACGUGGCCGUUGUUGCGACAUCAGUUGUCUUGCCAUUUGUCGUCGGUAUCAUCUUAGUUUGUUGGUUGGUGAUGAAGAAGCGAAGAAGAGGGAUAGACAUUCAAGACAGUACUGAUGAAGAAAACGUAGAACUGCCCUUCUUUGAUAUGGUCACCCUUGCAGAGGCGACUAACAACUUUUCUGAUACAAAUAAAAUUGGACAAGGGGGUUUCGGCUCUGUUUACAAGGGGCGUUUAUCAACCGGAAAAGACAUAGCCGUCAAGCGGCUUUCGAGGGACUCCAAACAAGGUUUGAAGGAAUUCAAAAACGAGGUUAUUUUGAUCGCCAAACUUCAACACCGUAAUCUAGUUAGGCUUUUGGGAUGUUGCAUCCUCGGAGAAGAACGGAUACUAGUUUACGAGUACAUGCCUAAUGGAAGCUUGGAUUCCUUCAUUUUUGAAAUAACACGAAGUAAAUUGCUCACAUGGAGUAGGCGUAUGGAUAUCAUUGUUGGGAUUGCUAGGGGGAUUCUUUAUCUUCAUCAAGAUUCGAGAUUGAGAGUCAUUCAUAGGGAUCUUAAAGCUAGCAAUGUGCUACUUGAUAGUGAGAUGAAUCCCAAAAUUUCAGAUUUUGGCUUGGCUAGGGCCUUUGGAGGUGAUCAGUCAUCUGCAAAAACAAAAAGGGUGGUCGGAACUUAUGGUUACAUGGCUCCCGAAUACGCAAUCGAUGGCCUAUUUUCAACGAAAUCAGAUAUUUUUAGCUUUGGAGUCAUAGUUUUGGAGAUAAUGAGUGGCAAAAUGAAUAGAAAAUUCCAUCACGUAGACCAUGAUCUAAACCUUCUUGGACAUGUAAGUUCAAAGACAAAGAACCUGAUAGCCUUUCACCAACCCCAUAUUUUUCGAUAGUUGAUUUCUAACUAUAUUGAAUCAUUUUUAGGCAUGGAAACUUUGGAUUGAUGGAAAGGCUUUUGAAUUAAUAGAUCCAGUGAUGGAGGGUUCAUUUCCAAUGUCUAAGGUGUUGAGAUGUAUACAGAUUAGUCUCCUAUGCGUGCAGAAAUGCCAUGAAGACAGGCCGACUAUGUCGUCCGUGGUCUUAAUGUUGGUUUCAGAUGUUGUAGCUUUGCCCCAACCCAAGCAACCUGGCUUUUAUAUUGAGAGGAGUUCCAAAGAGACGCCUGAACGUUCGCCGGCUCAAAGUUCUCCGAGCAUCAAUGAAGUGACAAUGACCCAGCUAGAGGCUCGCUAAAAUAUGUC